AUGGAUUUAUAUAAAAAGCAGAUGAGAACAAUUGACGAUCAACAAUUAAAUAUUACGGCAUUAAACGAAUUUUCUCGUACAACUACAAAUCUUAUUAAUAUUAAUAUAAGACAUACUGUCCGUGUUCAACUCGAUCAACUUCAUAAUGUUGUUUAUCCCAUAUAUACAAAAUUAUUCAAUGAAACAGAACAAAAAGCCGUUCAAGUACUUAUUAUUGGACCAAAAACAUCACGUAAAGAUUUUCCUGCUAAACAAUAUUUUCAGAAAUUACUUGGUGGCAAAAAUUUAGAAGGAAAAAGACUUUUAUAUGCUGAAAAUACAGCAGAUGUACAACGAGCAUUAAAUAUUCUUCGAACAUGGUUACUUGAUGCUCAUGCAGCUCGAGUAUUUUUUAACAAUGAAACACGAUUACAACAAGAUUUUCUAAUGGACGAAGCUAGUAUAUAUAUGGGGAUGACCAGUCCGACCGGAGAACCCAUUAAUAUAUUUUUUAUUGUAAGGAUAAAAUAUACUGUUGUUCGGGCCAAUCCUAAGUUAUCUGUCGUUCUCUCUCAUAUGACCCGAACAACACCAUGUUUUAUCCGUACAAUAGUAGAGAAAAGUUACUAG